AUGACUGAUACUGUACAAUCUGUAACAAGCAAGUGUGAAACCUGCUGUAAAAACAACCCUGACACAAGCAAGAGAGUUGUGUUAGGAGUGAGAAAGACAGGAGAUCUCCCAGGAGAUUAUUGGCAAAUAGAUUUUGCUGAGAUGCCAUGCAAAGAGGGAUGCAGGUAUAUACUGGUACUGGUUGACACCUUCAGUGGAUGGCCUGAGGCUUUCCCCAGUCGCACCAACACAGCAAAAGAAGUAGUGAAAGCUUUGCUCAAUCAUAUAAUACCAAGAUUUGGGGUUCCUUUGGGAAUGUCAUCAGAUAGGGGACCACAUUUUGUUGCAACAGUGGUUGGGGAAGUUAGCAGGAAUUUGGGACUUACCUGGGACCUGCACACACCAUACAGGCCCCAGGCAAGUGGCAAAGUUGAACGCAUGAAUGGGACCCUCAAAACCCAGAUUUGCAAGAUUUGUCAAGAGACAUCCAUGACAUGGGUUCAAGCCCUGCCUAUAGCCUUGCUGAGAGUCUGCAUACAGCCAAGGCAAAGGGACAUCAGUCUCUGUGAAAUAUUAUAUGGCAGGCCAUACCAGGUUCCACAUAUCCCAGGGGAAAUUCAUAUGAGAGGUAAAAAUAAUUUGCAGAAAUAUUUAAUGGCUCUGAGUUCCACUUUGCAGAAGCUCCAGAGAUUCGUCGUGUUAUCCAAACCAAUAGGAUUGGACACACCUGCUCAUCCAUUCCAGCCUGGAGACUGGGUCUACAUCAAGUGGUGGGACAGUGACCCCUUGCAAGCCAAGUGGAAGGGACCAUUCCAAGUUUUGCUGACCACUUUUACUGCGGUCAAGGUUGCUCGCAAGGGACCGUGGAUUCACUACUCCAGGGUGAAGAAAGCUUCUGCUCCCGAAAUCACCAAGAAGACAGAGACUGAUACGAAUCAGAAGGAUGCAGUCUAAACUGUUUUUUACAUGUUUGCUGUUUGCCCAACUGGUAACCAUGGUUCAGGGUUCACCCCAUGAUUUGCAUAAGACUGUGGUCCAAAAUGUUUCCAAAAUUCUUAAUAAG